UUUUCUGAACUCUGAAAUAGUUUUUCUUAUACGUUAACAAGAUUUUCCACAGUGAAUGACUUACAAAUAAAACGAGAAAAGUCUUCCAAAGUCAACUAACCAAAGACGUGUCAUUUAGUUCUCCAAGUCUAUGAGUAUCUGUCCUUCUCAAUAUUGACUUAGUCGUGGUUCGACCAUUCCACUAGCUCUUUUCUGUCUCCACUUGGUUUUUUUUUGUUUAAUCAUUUAUCAUCUACUCUACUUUAAACACAAACCAAAAAAGAAACUACUUUCCAGAUAUCAAUCAUGUUCUCUCCAGUACUCUUCAGAUUCUCAAAACCUAAUUCUUUUCUGGUCCUUCUCUUCUUCUUAUCCUAUAUUCACUUUCUUCCUUGUGCUCAAAGUCAACGAGAACCAUGUGACACUCUGUUUCGUUGUGGGGAUCUCACAGCCGGUUUCCCUUUCUGGGGAGUGGCUCGGCCCCAACCUUGUGGUCAUCCAUCUUUAGGACUUCACUGCCAAAAACAAACAAAUUCGACUUCUCUAAUCAUCUCAAGUCUGAUGUACCGUGUUCUCGAAGUAAAUACCACUACUAGUACUCUUAAAUUAGUAAGGCAAGACUUUUCAGGUCCAUUCUGCUCGGCUUCAUUCAGCGGAGCAACGUUGACUCCUGAACUUUUUGAGCUUUUGCCAGACUACAAGACCCUCUCCGCUUACUACCUCUGCAACCCUAGUCUUCACUAUCCUGCGAAAUUCAUAUGUCCAAAUAAGGGUGUUGGCUCAAUACAUCAGGAUGAUUUGUAUCACAAUCACUGUGGUGGGAUUUUCAACAUCACUGUUCCCAUAGGUUAUGCUCCAGAGGAAGGAGCUUUGAAUGUAACCAAUUUGGAAAGUGUUCUUAAAAAAGGAUUUGAGGUGAAACUUAGCAUCGAUGAGAGACCGUGUCAAGAAUGUAAAACCAAUGGUGGAAUCUGCGCCUACCAUGUUGCAACUCCGGUUUGCUGCAAGACAAACUCGUCAUCAGAAGUCAAUUGCACUCCAAUGAUGCCAUCUGGAUCUAGUGCUCAUGCAGGUCUCUCCAAAAAAGGGAAAAUAGGCAUCGGAUUCGCUUCUGGAUUCUUGGGUGCCACACUUAUCGGCGGAUGUUUACUCUGUAUCUUCAUCCGGAGAAGGAAGAAACUAGCAACACAAUACACAAACAAAGGCCUAUCAACAACAACACCUUACUCAAGCAAUUAUACAAUGUCAAACACUCCAACCUCCACAACAAUCUCUGGCAGCAAUCACUCUCUUGUACCUUCAAUAUCUAACCUUGGAAACGGAAGCGUCUACUCUGGAAUUCAAGUCUUCAGCUACGAAGAACUCGAGGAAGCCACUGAAAAUUUCUCCAAAGAACUCGGAGAUGGAGGCUUCGGUACUGUCUACUACGGUACACUAAAAGACGGACGAGCAGUAGCUGUGAAACGACUCUUCGAAAGAUCACUAAAACGCGUGGAACAAUUCAAGAACGAAAUCGAUAUCUUGAAAUCCCUAAAACACCCGAACCUAGUGAUUCUAUACGGAUGCACAACAAGACAUAGCAGAGAGUUACUCCUAGUAUACGAAUACAUCUCCAAUGGCACACUCGCUGAACAUCUCCAUGGAAACCAAGCACAAUCUCGCCCUAUUUGUUGGCCUGCUCGACUCCAAAUAGCCAUCGAAACCGCUAGCGCCUUGUCCUAUCUCCACGCCUCAGGGAUCAUACACAGAGACGUUAAGACUACUAACAUUCUCUUAGAUAGCAAUUACCAAGUCAAAGUAGCUGAUUUCGGACUCUCACGGUUGUUUCCGAUGGAUCAAACUCACAUCUCCACUGCUCCACAAGGUACUCCAGGAUAUGUAGAUCCUGAGUAUUACCAAUGUUACCGAUUAAACGAGAAGAGUGACGUUUACAGCUUCGGAGUCGUACUCUCCGAACUAAUCUCAUCGAAAGAAGCUGUUGAUAUCACCAGACACCGCCACGAUAUUAACCUCGCCAACAUGGCGAUUUCGAAAAUCCAAAACGACGCCGUACAUGAGCUCGCGGAUCUAUCACUCGGAUUCGCGAGAGAUCCUUCGGUGAAGAAGAUGAUGUCGUCGGUUGCUGAAUUAGCAUUCCGAUGUUUGCAACAGGAGAGAGACGUACGGCCAUCGAUGGAUGAGAUCGUUGAGGUUUUGAGAGUGAUUCAGAAGGAUGGGAUAAGUGAUUCGAAGGAUGUGGUUGUGGAGAUUGAUGUGAACGGUGGUGAUGAUGUUGGAUUGUUGAAGCAUGGUGUUCCUCCGCCGUUAUCGCCGGAGACUGAUAAAACGACGGCGAGUAGUUCGAAUACUACGGCGAGUUCGUUUUGAAGAGAGUAGGAAGGAGACUCUAGUUCUGAAGGAAGGUUCGUUUUGUCAGUAAAUAAAAAAAAUCAUUUUUCAUUUUUGCCUUUUGAAAUUUUUUUUUAUAAAUCUUGUCGUUAACCUUUUGACUUUUUUUUUUUGUCGACACCUUUUGACUUUUUUCAUCGGUUCCGAUAUUUUAUCCUUUCUAUAUAUUAUUUUUGUAUCGGAAUUUUUAUUUUAUCCUUUUUUAAAAUCAUAUAUUACCAAAUCACAGUGAA